AUGAAGAUGAGACUCUAUGGAGCUGUGCGAGAAGCUCCUUUGGUAGUGGCUCGUGGUGAUGAUGAUGCCUGCUUGUGUAACUACCUACCUACAUUGUCAUACAAACCAAGGUCAGGAUUUGGCAACGUACUAACUCAGUUGCUCAGUGCCUCGAGGUUCAAGGCACAAGAACACCAACUGAAACAAGUCCAAUAUGCAGUGACUACCUUAUCCAGAUCGAUUUUAGGUAGGGUUCCAUGUAUUGUCAGCCGUGCACAGGUUGGAAGUACCUUUGAUUUGGGGGACUGUUUCCGCACGGAAGGUGCUCAGCCACAAGCUGGUAGUUUCGGCAGCAGCAGCACAACCGCCAAGCCUACCCCGUUAAUAAAGACAAUAAACGUCCGCAACGGUCUCGCUCAUCUUACAGUGGAGACCACCCCAGCCACUCCAACGUUGAUUAACGAUUAA